AUGUCUACUCAAACCGAAGAUGCAAGGCUGCGUCUCAAGAGUACGGCAUUUGUGAUCUACUACCACGCUGAUCUCGCCAAAGCUCGUCAAUUCCUCCUUGACUUUGGUCUUUCUAUUGCAAAGGAGACCCCAGGGGAAGAAAUAUUCUUUCAAGGCUAUGGCGAGGAGCCGUUCGUUUACGUCGCCCGUCAAGCGAGCGGAACGGCUUAUUUCGAGGGAGCUGCAUACGAAGUCGAAAGUAGAGAUGAGCUAGAGCGAGCACGCAACUUGAAGGGUGCAAGCCCCAUUAUCUCGCUGGAUUCCCCUGGUGGAGGGGAAUACGUUAAGCUCACGGAUCCGGUGGGGCAUCAUGUUUACCUUGUUCAUGGUCAGACAAAAAAAGUACCAGAAAUGCCAGCAUUGAAGAAGCUCGUGGUGAAUUACGAAGACGAAAAGCCAAGAAAGGGAAGAUUUCAUCGCUUCGAGCCUGGCCCCGCACCUGUUUACCGUUGGGGUCAUUAUGGUGUGACGUAUCCAGAAGGUAGCUAUCAGGAAAUGUACGACUGGUACACUAAAACCUUGACAUUGGCACCAUCAGACAUUGUCUACAAGAAUGAAGAGCCCAUAACCUGCUUCUUUCAUAUCGAUCGCGGUCUAGAGUUCACUGAUCAUCAUGCUUUCUUCUUUAAGCGUGCCAAACCAGACGCGAAACCUAGCGUUGCGCAUGCCGCUUUUGAGAUCCAUGACUUCGACGUCCAACAAUUGGGCCAUAAUUACCUGGAGUCUAAGGGAUAUGAAAUUUGUUGGGGCGUAGGAAGACACGUCCUCGGAAGCCAAGUGUUUGAUUAUUGGUUUGAUCCGAGUGGAUUUAUCGUCGAGCACUACGCGGACGGAGAUUUGGUCAAUGUCGAGUCUCAGGUCUCGCACGUCCAGGCUGGACCACAUGCGCUCAAGAUAUGGGGACCUCCUGUACCAGGCGUCUUUUAA